AUGGCAUCGUCGUCUGGACUUUCAGCCCUUGCUGCCGCAACCGGCCUGGCAGUGGGCUUUGGUCUGGGGGCGUGGUAUGCCACCCGCGCGGCGCGACAGAAGGAAAAGCAUCGCAAGCGCUUGAUGCAAAUGGCCAAGGUGCGCCCAGACCGAGUGGCCCUCUACAAGCGUCACCAUCAGGCCGUGUGGCCGGAAGUGGAGCAAGGCCUGGCGAAGGCCGGGGUCGAAACGAUUUCUAUCUGGUCGGAUCCCAUGGACGAUUGCGCUCUAUAUAUGUACUUAGAGCUGGCCGAGGAUGCAGAAGACUUGGGCGAGGGCUCCAGAUAUCGUGAGCAUCCCGUCGUGCGCGUGCCUUGGACGCGAGGAUCUGGGGAAAUCUUGGAGGGCUUAGCCAUCGAACAUGUAGAACUCAUGUAG